AUGUUGCCCAUGUGGAAACAGCUCGUCGCCGGCAUUCUUGCCGUCAUGUUCAUGGCGCCGGGUGUCAGUGGCCAAUAUCCCAAUCCCGGCGUCGUCACAGGCAGCACCAGCGUUCACGACCCGACGGUGGUCAAGACCCCAAGCGGCACAUACCUUAUGGCCCACACGGGAGCGAACGUGGCUCUCAAGACAUCAACCGACCGCACUGCCUGGCGCGACGCCGGCGUCGCAUUUCCGAGCGGUGCACCAUGGACCACGCCGUACACGGGGGGCGACACCAAUCUCUGGGCACCAGACAUCUCGUAUCGCAAUGGCCGGUACUACAUGUACUACUCUGCUUCAACGUUUGGAUCCCGCAAAUCGGCCAUCUUCUUGGCCACAAGCACCACGGGCGCGUCGGGGUCGUGGGCCAACCAGGGCGUAGUCAUCGAGACGUCAGACUCCAACGAUUACAACGCCAUCGACCCCAACCUGAUCGUUGACGCCCAGGGUAACUGGUGGCUGUCUUUUGGUUCUUUCUGGACAGGCAUCAAAAUGAUCUCGCUGAACCCAAGCACCGGCAAGCGCUCCGGCACGAAUUUCGUGUCCCUCGCGAGGCGCACUGAGGCCGAUGGCGCCGUCGAAGCGCCCUACAUUACUCGCCGUGGCAACUACUACUAUCUAUGGCUCUCUUUCGACAGGUGCUGUAACGGCGCCGCCAGCACGUAUCGCAUCAUGGUCGGUCGAUCUACCAGCGUGACGGGCCCGUACGUUGAUCGCGAUGGUAAGAACAUGAUGUCCGGCGGUGGCACCCAGGUUAUGGCAAGCCACGGUUCGAUCCAUGGACCUGGCCACCCAGCUGUCUUCACCGACACGGAUGCCGACGUGCUCGUCUAUCAUUACUACAGCAACAGCGGCGCUGCGCUACUGGGCAUCAACCUCAUACGUUACGAUGCAGACUGGCCUGUUAUAUACUAA